ACAUGAUGCUGAGACCGGUAAUCAUGACAGCCUGUAAAUAGACCGGUCGGUCUCCAGAACCUUUGUGCUGGAUCGGGAGGAAAUAAAGUUUUUAUUUUACGAGAUUUGAUGCAUUUUUUCUUUUGCUGACUAUAGGUCUAUAAUAUGGAAUCUUUACAGGAAAGUUCUGGAGGAACAUUGAGUGGACUAGAAAACCCCAUAUCAGAGAAUGGAGAGAAGCCAUUUUCAUGUCCGGAAUGUGGAAAAUAUUUUAGUAAGAAAUCACAUCUUGUAACUCAUGAGAGAACUCACACAGGAGAGAAGCCAUUUUCAUGUUCGGAAUGUGUGAAGAGUUUUACACAAAAAGCAAAUCUUGUCCAUCAUAUGAGAACUCACACAGGAGAGAAGCCAUUUUCAUGUCCGGAAUGUGUGAAGUGUUUAAGUCAAAAAUCAAAUCUUGUGGAACAUAUGAGAAGUCACACAGGAGAGAAGACAUUUUUUGUGCUUGGAAUGUAGUAACUGUUUUACUACGAAAUCACAUCUUGUUAUUCAUCAGAGAACUCACACAGGAGAGAAGCCAUGUUCAUGCUUGGUAUGUGGAAAUAUUUUAGGCUGAAAUCACAUGUUUUUAAACAUCAGAUGAUUCACAUAGGAGAGAAACCAUUUUCAUGUCCUGAAUGUGCAAAGUGUUUUACUAUUAAAACAAGUCUUGAGGGACAUCUGAGAAGUCACACAGGAGAGAAGCCAUUGUCAUAUAUAGUAUGUGGCUAAUGUGUUAACCAAAUAUCAAAUUUGUGGAUCAUCUAAGAACUCAGACAAAGGAGAAGUUAUUUUCAUGUAUAAAAUGUGUAAAAUAUUUUUGUCUGAAAUAAAAUCUUGUUCACCAUCUCAGUCUAUCUAUGUGGGAAAGGUUUGUGAAACAUCUGAGAACUCACACAGGGAAGAAUCAAUAGUCCUGUGCAGUAUCCUGUAAAUGUUUUAUCCAGAAAUCUGGUGUUGUGGAAGAUGUGAGAGCUGACUGAGGAGAGAAGUCAUUAGAAUGUUCAGACUGUAGGAAAUGUGUCCGGUGCACAUUGUAGGACCUGAUGUUUCAGGACGUCUUCUAAGUUAUAGUGUCUCUGGAAUGUUCUUCUCCUGUCUGAUGGUCAGAUAGGACAUGGAGAUGACCAAUCUGUGCACGAGUCCUAUUAAUUCCAUUGGAUGUGUGUAGGAAACCCGCUGGACGUCACAUGCUCGCCUCAGUAACUGUACUGCCCAACAGGGACUUGUGUCCUUCCACCCCCAAUCUGAAGAUCAGGGGGGAGAUCACCAUUAUAGGGACACUAGAAAUGCCCGGCUACAAUACUGAAAACCAUUACUGCUAUUUCCACAUCCAACUGGGUUUGGACUAAAUGGACUGUAUCCCAAAGUUCUUCUAUGUGAGAAUAAAGUAUGAAGACUUCUCUUUGUUUCUUCUAUUCUUUUUGUAUCUGGAGAAUUCAGACAUUAUUCUUUAUACAGCACAGAAGAGACAUCCUGUGGGACAUGACUUUUCUGGACAUGGGUUUUAUCAAAAAAUAACAACAAUAUCAACCAAAGUUUGUAAUAGUCCCAGAAAGGGUGGAGCCUGUCUACAGGUGGGUGGGACUUCCAGCUGUUUCAAAGGUGGGGCUUCAAUGACCAAGGAUUUUUUUUUUAAUCAACUGGUGCCAGAAAGUUAAACAGAUUUGUAAAUUAUUUCAAUUGAAAAAUCUUAAUCCUUCCAGUA